CAUAAGACACCACUAAAAUGGAACUCAUACAUAAAUAUAGAAUAGAAUAAUAUUUUCAUUUUUUAAAUAACAAUCUAUAGAAUCCAAUGGCAGCAGACCUCUGGAGGCAAAGCCGUCCAAUCGCAUUUGAGGUAGGCGGGGCUUAAUCGUUUCACAACACGACCGAUUCUGACAAUGAUAAGAGAAAUGACCGGCUUCAUACCAUCGGAGACGAAGAUGAUUGUAACUGCAUGUUGAUCGGUGAAGGGAAGGAAGAUAGCAGGUGCUUGUUCAAGAAGUCAGAGCAACAUUAUAUCGGAGUGACAGCUUUCGAAAUUGGGGAACCGAGACUUACUGAUAAUUGGAAGGAGCGCUAAAGGCUGCUCAGGAUGAAGGGUCUCUACCUGGUGGAACCCGUGGUGGCGCUGUACGCCUUCUCCACGUACCUGACGUACCCUCUGGUGACGCAGUAUGUGUACCGCCGCCUGUGGCAGGAGCUGACCAACAGCACCUACCCCGUCUCGGACGACACGUCCGCGUGCGCCGCCGCCAACGCCAGCGACAACCAGACCGACUAUUUCCAGAAGGUGCAGGAGCAGGCUUCCCUGUUCUCGCUGUACUCUCAGAUCCUUUCGGCCGUGCCGUCUUUGCUGGUUACCCUCCUGCUGGUGGCGUACAGUGACCGGGCGGGGCGGAAGGUGGCCAUCAUCCUGCCGCUGGUGGGCACACUGCUCUACACGCUGUCCCUGCUGCUGGUGUCCUUCUUGCGGCUCAACGUCUACCUGUUGGUGGGCGCCUCGCUGCUGUCUGCCCUCUUCGGGGGCCUGGGUACCUUCCUGGGCGGUUGCUUCGCCUACGUGGCCGACUUGAGCGGCGGAGGGGACGGCCGGCGGAUGACGCUGCGCAUCGCCGGGCUGGACAUGAUGAUCGGGUUGCUGUCGGGCGUGGCCGCGCUGUCCACGGGCUACUACCUGAGGGCAGCGGGCUUCAACGGGCCCUUCCUAACUUCGGCCAUCUGCCAGUUCCUGGUCCUGCUUUACGCCGUCUUCAUCCUGGAGGAGACGGUGACGCGGGCGGACUCGGGCGGUGUCGGCGGGUGGGCCGCCGUGCGGCACAUGUUCUUCGCAAUCUACAGGAUGUUCGCGAGGGCCGCUCCCAAGCGGCGCACGCUGCUCCUCCUCCUGGUGUCCGUCUUCACCAGCUUGUCCUUCACCUCAGUGGGCAGCUUCUCCUUAAUAGUGCUGUACGAGCUCAAGGAGCCGCUGUGCUGGAGUGAGAUUCUCAUUGGCUACGGCGCAGCGUUGUCCACCACCGUCUUCCUGUUCAGCUUCGUGGGCGUGGCCGCGUUCACCUACUGCGGUGUCCCGCAGCUGCUUGUGGUGCUUACGGGCAUCCUUUCUUUGGCGGCGGGCAUGACCACGGUGGCCUUUUCCAAAACCACUUUGAUGAUGUUUCUAGCGAGGCUUCCCAUGUUGCUGUCCAUCAUGCCCUUCUCAGUGCUGCGAUCCAUGAUGUCAAAAAUCAUCUCCAAGUCCGAGCAGGGUGCCUUGUUUGCCUUGCUCUCCUUCGCGGAGGUCCUGACAUCCAACGUGUCGGCGGCGGUCUUCAAUACCGCCUACGCUGCCACGGUGGCUCUGUACCCCGGGUUCGUCUUCUUGCUCGGCGCCGGACUCUGCGCCAUCCCGACCAUGCUUCUGGGCGUGGUGUGCGCGAUGGGAGUGGACGUGGCCGUCGAGGAUGAGACGCUGAACGAAGACGAGCGUCCCCAAGCGGACAAGGACGCGCCUCAGGAUGACAGCGACUGCGACCCGCUGCUAAACUGAAAAACACAGGGGGGGGAAAAACACCUGAAAAUGUCCUUUUAAAAAAAAAAAAAAAAUGUAAAGGUCAGUGUGUGUGUGUGUGAUAUGUCAUUGUUUUUAAAUACAAGUUUUCUCAGCCACCA